AUGACAAGAUAUACAAAUCUUGAAAAAAAGAAAUUUGAAAAAGCGGCUGGGUUCAAUGUCUCACCUCUUAUACCAGAACAAGGCAAAACUCAAGAAGUAGCAUCAAAAGAAUCAGAAGAAAAAAUAGAACAUAAAAAGAAAAGUCCAAUAAAUAACAAAAAAAGAACUUUGGACAAUGAGGAAAUUAAUAAUAUAAUUAGUGUAAAAGAAGAAAACAACGUAAAAUCAGAAAGACGAAGAUUAAGAAGGAUAAGAGAACGACAUUCAAACACGAUUUGUUAUGGAUGUAGAGAACAAGGACACAGUGUGAGAGAUUGUCCGAUAGCAAAAGAGAAAGGUGUUGGAAUUUGUUAUAAUUGUGGAUCUGCGGAACAUACUGCAAAGGAUUGUAGAAGGUCAUCGAAUGCGAAUAAAUAUCAGUAUGCCAAAUGUUUUGUAUGUAAUGAACAGGGACAUCUUUCUAGUAAAUGUCCUAAAAAUGAAAAAGGUUUAUAUCCCAAUGGUGGAGGAUGUAGAUUUUGUGGAAAAGUUGAUCAUUUAGCGAAAGAUUGUACAUUAAAGAAAGAAGUGUCUGAAUGCUCGGAAACACUUAGAUUAUCUUCUUUUCUGGAAGAUUGUCUUUCUUUAGGUUGUUUAAAGGGGUUUAAACAUUUUGAAGUAUAUUUAAGAGGAAGAGAAGAACUUUUAUUAAGAGUUUAUAUUGAUAAUAAUCCGAUCAAACUUACUGAAGGUUGUCGAAGGAAUUAUAAUUCUUUGUCACUUGUAAAAUCUCAUAACGGAGAAGAUUAUUCGAAUAUGAAUUUUCUACCAUCGAGUCCUUUAGAUAAAGAAUUGGAAAAGGAAGAAUCGAAUCAUGUAUUUUUAAUAGCUGGAUAUGCAAAAUAUAAAUGUCCUUACGUUUGGUUGAGAUCAAAUCAUAAAAGAUUAAUUCAACUUCAGGAUAAUCAAAAAUUAGAAACAGAUAAUCCAUUAAAACUUGAAACCAUAGCUGCUUGGAAUAAUCAAGAAGUUAUAACAUUAAGUCUUAUACCUCAAUCACCAGAAAAUCCAUUUAAAGUGGAUCAUUCAUAUUAUGAUACAUUACCAUUAGAAGAAUGUGCAGUUAGUACAGCAUUUGAUGAAAUGAAUGAUGCAAUGAAUGCAAAUACAUUGGAAAAAUCAAAUCCAUCAUCUGGAAUAUCCGCAA